AAUGCAUCAUCACACCACAUCUAGGGUUUUUGGGACUUCUUUCACUAUCUCUGGACUUAGCCGCCGCAUAGAGAAGCGAGCUUCUCCAUAUUCGAAACCCUAGCCAUGUCGUUGGUAGCAAAUGAAGAUUUUCAACACAUUCUUCGUGUUUUGAACACGAACGUCGAUGGGAAACAAAAGAUUAUGUUUGCCCUAACCUCAAUCAAAGGUAUUGGUCGCCGUUUCGCAAACAUUGUCUGCAAGAAAGCUGAUGUCGACAUGAACAAGAGAGCCGGUGAGCUCUCAGCUGAAGAGCUUGACAAACUUAUGGUGAUUGUUGCUAAUCCCCGCCAAUUCAAGAUUCCAGAUUGGUUCCUUAACAGGCAAAAGGACUACAAGGAUGGCAAGUACUCUCAAGUUGUAUCCAAUGCCUUGGAUAUGAAGCUGAGAGAUGACCUUGAGCGGUUGAAGAAGAUCAGAAACCACCGUGGUCUUCGUCACUACUGGGGUCUUAGGGUGCGUGGUCAACACACCAAGACCACUGGCCGCAGGGGAAAGACUGUUGGUGUCUCCAAGAAGCGAUAAACUGGUUCUACUUUUUGGGUGUUUCCUGGAUUUCUUGAUCUUUUGAGCGAUCUUAAAGUUUUCUAUUUCGAAAGAACUUAGCAUGUCUUAGAAUUUUGAUGUCAGUGCAGUUGCCUUUUUGUAAUGUGGAGUUUACUUAUUGCAUUUACUCAGUUGGAUGCACUCAAUAUUUUCUCCUAAUAGUUUUUUGAAAAGACAUUUUGAUUUUUGAUCUUAGAGAUCAAAUGCAUAUCCAAAGUUUUCUGAA